CAGUCAAGUGUUGGCCGCGCUCUGUAGCUGUCGCCGCCGCCACAGCUCUAACCCCCCUUCACCCGUUUUUUUUUUAAAUACCCACCUUUUGAAUCAAGUACCACGUUGAACUUCUCCUUUUUUUUUUAACUAUUACUUUUUUUUUAUCUUUUGAUACAAUUUCUCUGACAAGUGGUUACGUCGAACAAGUUUUAAUUAAAGAAGAAAAAGACUAAAAAAAAAGUGCUGAGGUGAUUCUCUUGAAAUCGCGUGCUUUCCGUGUAGUGUACUUGUGUGUCUGCCUGUGCGUAGUGUUUUGUUUUUCAUCCUGCAUCAUUGUGGAUGUUGGAGGGGAAAAAAAAACGCGUGGAGGACGAAACGAGCUACCCUUUUUUUUUUGUUUCGCGUGUGUCUUGUCACGCGCCAUCUGGAUUAACAUAAAAAACCCGGCAACUCUUUUUCACGUAGUCAUUUCCAUUUCACAAAAGAGAUUUUUCCUCCUCUUUUUUUCAUUUUUAACUGUGUUGCCGAACCUUUUUUGGGGUUGUGUGUCUGUGAUUUUCUUUCAAAAAAAAAAGUCGGUAUUAGCAAUCAAAAUAUGGAAAUGAUAUCUUCAAUGUUGCGAGUGUGCAGCAUUUUGGUGGUCGUGUUGAUGCAGCAAAAUUUGAUGGCCAGUGCAUUACCGGCUUCAUCAACGUCGGCAGGAGAAUCGUGUGAUUCUGUUGGCGAUGUCAUGACGUCACUCAAACUGGCUCAUACUGCCAUGGUUAGUGAUUCGCCAGUCUCAGGUGGGGCUGGAUUGAUUUGCGAAGGGGAACGGACAUGUUGUCCAGCUGAUGUUGAGUCGGCACUCCGACAAUCAGCCGCGUCUGAUUUCCAUCACGCUGUUCGCCAGUCGAGUCACCAAUUGCGGCACACACUGACUCAAUCGUCCACUGCCAUUCAAGGUCAAGUGGUGCAACACGUCAGAGCAUCGAUGGUGAAAACGCAGACGAUGUUUGGCCAGUUGUACAAGCGACUGGCGCUGCUGGCCAAAGAGCCCAUCCAGCAGCUGUUCGACCAAUUGGAGCGCUUCGUUUCGUCGUCGGCCGACGGGAUGGGUGGCGAUCCGGCGGACGUCAGUGACGCGGUCAACGGAUUUUUCGACGACCUCUUCCCGCGGCUCUACGGCCAGAGCCCGCGCAGCGUCCAAGAGCCGCCGUUGCCGGCCGACAGCGUUGGCCAGCGCUUGCCGCAGGACUACGUCGACUGUCUGCGUCACGCCCAAUCUGAAUUGCGCCCUUUUGGCGAGAUUCCACGCCGGCUGGCCAACAGCCUUGCGCGCAGUUUGGACGCGGUCCGUUCGCUCCUGUCGGCCCUCGAUUUGGGCGCUCGCGUCCUCAACGCGACCGAUCACGUCGAGUUGAACAGCCAGUGCCGCGAUGCUCUCCUGCGCGCCACCUAUUGCGCCCAGUGUCGAGCCCUGAAACGGCAGCAGCCCAUCGUCGUCGGAAGCGGUGGCCAAGUUUGCAGCGGCUUGUGUUCGAACGUGGCCCGCGGAUGUCUGGCCGCUGUGGCCGAUGUCGAUCAGCCGUGGAACGAAUGGGUCGACGCCAUGGAGCGACUAGCGGCCGCCUUGCUCAACAAGGCCGGAGCUGCUGUGGCCGAUCUCGGUCCGCACGAUAUCCUCUCAUCCGUCGACAGCCGAUUGUCCGAAGCUGUUUUGUACGCCUUGGAGAACGGACCGCUCCUUGAAAAGAAGGUCAAGAAAAUGUGCGGCGAAAAUGGAACGGGCAAGGACGUUGUCGUUUCGGGCGAUGGCGAUUCCGGUUCGGAUGCGGAAUCCUCUUCGGUGUUGCCUUCGCUCGUUCAACCCGUUGAAGAUUUGAGUCCCGUCUUGGAAGAGGGCCAAGGUGGCGGACUGAAAUCGCGUCUCGAAUCCCUUUUGCCCAUGUUGGCCGCUGCCCGCGGCUUCUACCUCAACCUGCCGGACGCGGUCUGCGCACAGCCGGGAACGCCUUUCCAAGCGGUCAUGAGCGAAGACCAGUCCAACUGCUGGAACGGCCAACGAUUUGCACCGUACACGAAACUUGUCUCCGGUAACGGCAUUGGAGCUCAGAAGUACAACGCGGAAGUCCGAGUUUCACGAAGCGACGUGGAUUCGCAUCUCGUUCAACUUAGCGAUCGUUUACGACACGUUCGACAAGUUUUGAUUAGUAAAACAGUUGCCGCCCCAGAACCGGAUUCUUUGAUGAUGGAGGAUUUCGGAUCGGGGUCCGGCGAUGGCGCUGCAGGAAGUAAUGGAGGUGGCGCUGGAACUGGAAUGGGUGGCCACGGACGUAGCGAUUGGGAUGGAACAGACUCUGAACCCGAUGACGAUGGACACGGCUUCCCUGGUGGCGAUCUGGACGGUUCCGGCUCUGGCCAGGGUCCAAGCAGCGGUCCAGGCGGUGAAUGGGGAGUAGAUGAGACUAUUUUCGGCCCCACCAAGAAACCGGGACCCGACGAAUUUGAAAUCAAUGGAGGUGAAACGACGCCACGCGUCAUAGUCAACGGACCCACGGGUGGAGCAGCAGGAGGAGCAAGUGGAGGAGGUGGCAGUUCCGGCACUAGCCCAACAUCCAUUUCAUCGUCUGCCUUGUUGGCCGUCUGUCUGAUCAUGGCUCUCAAAGUCUCAUCCAGCUUCCGGCCCUUUGUAUAAAGCCUCUCUCUCUCUACACACACACACACACACACACAUACACAGACAACACUUACAGACCCUUCCGUUUUGCGCUUGACCCUUGCGCCUGCACACAACACUUGAUUUGAAUGAAGAAGAAAAAAAAAAAUGCAAUAAUCUUUAAUUUUUUUUUAUUUUUUUAUUUCCAUAUUUGAUGAAUUUGACCAUUUUCUCUAUCUUUCGCUUACAUUUACAUUCGCGAGUCUACAACAAAAAUUUUUAUGACUUUUUUUUUCAAUUUUUUUUUCAUUUGAAAAUACUUCUUGAUAUAUUUAUGUAUAAAUUACUCUCACACACACACAAGACGCAUUAUAUAUAGGUAUAGCGUUCGUGUGAUGGCAAAGCCUCGCAAGUGCUUCUGUUUUCUGUGAGAAAGUCCAAUUCUUCGAUAUUGACGGAUAACCCCGGCCAACACCAUCUAGCGGUCGAUAUAGUAAACUCAGCAAUAACAAGCAGCAUGGGGCGCUGACGCAAAUGGCAACAAAGAAAAGAAAAAUCUCUUGUACGCAAAACACAUCCUUUCAAUCUCUCACGCUCCAACCCCUCACGUCUUGCUUUUCUUUUCUAUUUAAUUGAAUUUUUUACAUUUUUCAACGGUAUACUUUCACAUUCACUUGACGAUGUUUGAGAGCGAAGGCGUCCAUAUGUAUACAAUAAUGACUAAUCCUUAGGAAUACUAACAAGUAAUGUGGCUAAGAUUUUGAAAAAUGUUUCGCCAUUGGAUGGGGUAGAAGUGAAAAAAAAAAAACGUAAUGGGGGAAAGGGGUUAGAGAAAGAAAAUUGGACAAAAACAAAACAAAACAAAAAACAAACUAUACCCGACUUCCGUCCAGCAAAAAGAUAAUUUUGCUCUGUACUUGUUCGAACGACGACAGCAGCCAUCGAAAGUGAUUCCCCUUUUUCUUUUGAAUGAUUGACUAUUAUCAUUAUUCUUUUAAAAAGAAAGACGACAAAAAUUAAAGAAGAAAUCGCGUUCGAUUCCACGGUUAAUCUUUUAUUUUUUUUUUUAAUUUUUUUUUAAAUAUUACAAUUUGAUAUGAUGAAAACGGGAAUGCGCGACCCCCGAGCCCCUAGUCAGUGCAACAAAAAAGUUCUGUCGCGCGCCAAGGGUCAAAAUUAUUAAAGAAAAAAAAGCAAAAAAAAAAACAAACAAAACACACACAUUGGUAAUUCGAUGGGUCGAUUUUGAAUAGAAAGUUGAUUCGGAUCGAAUGGAUGGUGGUCUACUAGUACUAGCAACUACUACAAUUGUUACUUACAAAAUCUCGUGUCCCACUACUUUUCUUCCCUUCUCCAAACACACAUAACACACGCUUCUUUUGUUGUUUUCUAUUUGUCAAUAAUUUUUUGUAUUAAGAUAAACGCGCAUAAAAAAAAAAAUAAUAAUUGCAUAAAAAAGAAAAAAAAAAAGAAAAAAUGGAUUUUUGAAUUUGAUUCCGGAUGUUUGUUUUUGUUUUUGCUAGGGGGGGAUUAUUUUUAAGUUUCCCAUUUCAAUUCCUUGGAACUAUUAUGUCUCACGAUGAACGCACGACAUCUCCUUCAAUAGUGUUGGUCUUUCUAAUGUUAGAUUUCCCCACUUGAGCUGUUAUCAUUUUUGACACUUUCUUCUCCAUUUGCAUUCAAAAAUGACCCACAUACAAUUUUUUUCUUCAAGUUUUUAUUGGUCUCUUUUUAAUUUCCAAUAGACCGUGUGCCAAAUUCGAUUCAUCUUCGUUAAUGGCCUCCCCCCAUUCCUCUUCUGAUUUGGUUGGUGAAAGUAAAAAAAAAAAAAAAUAUUAUAAUAACACUUUUCUUUUAAAAUUUCAAAUGUUUCUUUGUGUGUGUGUGUGUGUAUAGCCUCCUCUCCUUUCAUGAUGAAACCACAUCAUUCUACACACAUAAUCGUGUUUUUUUUUUCUCUUUAAAUUAAACUUUCUUCACCAACAUUUUUCUAAAAUCGACGAAUAAAAAAAAAAUGUUGUUGAUUUAAAAAGAAAUUGUUUUUGUUCACUUGUCUGUCGGACUUGUUCAAUUUUUGUUGCUCUUUAAAAAAAAAAACAUUCAAAUUGUUUCUCCCCUCUUCUCUGUUCUCCAUCGAUCGUUUGGUUUUGUUUGUUUGUGUUCUUCUCCAAAUUUUUCAUAUUUUUUUUAAUUUUAAUUUUUUGCUCGUGUUUCCCUCCUCCGUUCGUGGAAUGCGUGAAAUGUGAUACCGCCGAAUGUGGACGAUCGAGCUCGAUCUUGUAUGUAAAUGUGGUGCGUGCGGAUGAUGAAGAUAAAAAACAAAAGAAGAACAACAACAAGAACACACAACAACAAAUAAUAA